AUGGAGGAUACUGCCGUAGUGGGACCCCCCAUCGAACUCCCCAUCAUCGAUGUCUCCAACCCCGAUGACCCCAACGUGGGUAAGGCCAUGCUUGACGCAGCUGCCAAGUAUGGCUUCCUGUAUAUUGACAGCAAGGGCACCGAUUUCGCCGCCGAUGAUGUGAAGAGAGCUUUUGAACUCUCCAAAAAGUUCUUUGCCUCCCCUGUCGAGGAGAAGUCUACUUGCCGCAUCACCCCUAACAACCGUGGCUGGUCGGGCAUGCACACUGAGACUCUCGACCCGGAACAUCAGAGAACAGGCGAUUUCAAAGAAGCCAUGAACUUCGGCGAGUUCAAGGAUGGCAAGGCACAGCAACCUCUGCCUCCCUCGCUGGCCCCGCAUGAAGACGAGAUUGGCCACUUCGCUGCUCUCUGCAACAAGACCUGCAACCGGGUCCUGAAGCUGCUGGCCCUCGGACUCCAAAUCUCCGACGACUUCUUCACCUCUCGGCACAACCCCCAGUACGGCCCCACCGGCCGCAUCCUGCGAUACCUCUACUACCCCUCCAUCUCCUCGCCCGCCACCUCCUCCUACCAGCAUGACGUCGACGUGCGCGCCGGCGCACACUCCGACUACGGCAGCAUCACCCUCCUCUUCCAGCGCCCCGGCCAGCCAGGUCUCGAAAUCCGCACCCCAGACGGCUCCUGGGCGCCCGUGCCUGUGCAGCCGCACCAACUCAACACCGAACCCACUGCCGACUCCGGCUCCUCCUACCCCUUCCCACCCAUUCUCGUCAACAUCGGCGAUCUCCUCAGCUACUGGACCGACGGCCUGCUCAAGUCGACCAUCCACCGCGUCGUCUUCCCGCUUGCCGAGCAGCGCUGCGAGAACCCUCAGGACCGCUACAGCAUCGCCUACUUCUGCCACCCGCUCGAUUCCACCGAGCUGGUGCCCGUGCCUAGCGACGCAGUCGCCGCGUACCGCGAGCACUGUAAGGCCAACGGCAUCGUCAACGAGCAGGUUGGCUUUGGUGGUGGCGCCGGCAACAUGGCACCGGGGAAGCGGGCGAUGACGGCGUAUGAGCAUCUGGAGUCGAGAUUGGCUGCUACCUACGGGUUCAAGAAGGAAUGA